UCGAAUCUUCUUCUCGAACCUUUCUUCUCUAUAUAUAAGAACCGGCCGUGUCCCGUCUUCUUCAUCGGAGAGAUUCUAUUUGUGUUUCUAUAAAGAAAAGAUUCAUCUAUUCACCCAACAAUUUGCUGUCUCUACUUUUUCUUUGAAAUUCUUUGAAUCGUCGUAGUAAUGGAGAGCCCCUUCUUCAGAAAUCGCUGGAACUACCACCCCCAACGCCCUCGUUAUCCGCCUAGCAUGGUGGAGAUUCCGGUGCGUCGGCCAACUGUGCCGGUGGCUCCGAAGGUGGUUUCGAUUCCCGUCCGUUUUGUUGAGUCCAAGAAGAGUAGAUCUGACUCGGCCACAAAAAUCCAGAAGGUGUUCAGAGGUUUUCUGGUGAGGAAGAGCGUGAAGAAGGUUGUGGCGAUUGAGAGAGAAGUGAGUGAGAUAGAGAGGAGGUUUGCGAAUGAAGAGACGGUCGAUUUGAUUCGGAAGGAUGGUAAGGAAAAGAUUAUGUUUGGUGAGAUGCUGAUGAAUUUGUUGUUUAGGUUGGAUUCGGUGAAAGGCGUGGAUUCUGGAAUUAGGAAUUUGAGGAAGGCAGUGAUCAAGAAGGCUAUAGUAUUGCAGGAGAAGAUUGAUUCAAUCGCUGCUACGGAUGAAGCUACCGAUGUGAUCAAUGAGACUCUCGAAGCUGCGGCUGUCAAAUAUGAUUCAGAAGCUGUUGAUCGGAGCUCGGAAGGAACUCCGGAGCUAAAGGAUAAAAUUCCAGAGCAUGAGGAUGAAAAUUCUGCUGCUGAUAUUGCUAAUAGCGAACCUGCUGAUGUUUGUGAUGAUGAUAAGAUGGAAACUCAAUCAGGGAAUUGUCGCAAUGAGGGUGAAGACGUAGAUGGAGUGGCGUUAAAGACUUCUUCUAUGGAAAAGGAUGGAGCAAUUCAUGAGGAAUCUACGGCUUGUUCUAUGGAAUCGAGUGCUGAUCCAGAAAUUUCUCAGAACUCGCCAGGAAAAGAUGAGGUUCCUGUAGAAGUUGAGAACGACAUGAUGCAUAUAGAGGUUGAGGCGGCUGAAGAGUGGGGGGGAAUGAGUGAAGCUGAGAGUCAGACAGAUUCGUCAAACAACCCACCAAAUACAGACGAUGGGGUUGCAGAAUUUGAAGCUGUAGAUGAAAGAGAGGGCAGUGGAAAGAAAGAAGACGCAGUAAAAGAAGAAGAAGAAGAAGAAGAAGAUAGCAGAAUCAAGGGAAGAGAGGAGGGUGGGCAGAGUAGAGAGCUUCUUGAAAGGAUGAUGAUGGACAACAAAAGAAUGAUGGAGAUGAUGACGCAGCUGUUUGAAAAGAAUGAAAUGCAGUCAAAAUUGCUGUGUUCACUGUCCCAUAGGGUUGACCGGUUAGAAAAGGCAGUUGUCUAUGAGAUGCUACAGAAGAAGAAGAGGAGGAAUAGUACUGAUUGCUCAGAAAAAUGCCCCAAAACAAAGAAAGGUGGUAAAUGAUGAUAUUAUUAUGAACAAUUUCCUGUUGCUAAAAAUUUUGAAAUGCAAUUCUUAGUUAGUUUAUUGCAUCUUCACUUUGUUGCUUUUUUUUUUUUUUUUUUUUCUUUUCUUUUUUCUGAGCUUGUGGCAGCUUCUCUAGAAUUUUUUUUUGGUACCGUUUUCUUGGUUAUAUGAAUAGAGUUGUGAUAUGUUUUUAUCACAUGGAUAAAUGACUUGUGUAAAUCUGUGUCAAGAACUUCUGGAAAAGUGAUGAAAUAAAGUGAUCUUUUUUGCAUGAA